AUGAAGCGAGUCCGAUACCAUCUCAACGAACCAAAGAUCAAUUCAUCUAUCUUCAAGUCCAAGCAGGUUGCCCAGCAGAACACUUUCUUCAAACUUCCGCUCGAGGUGACUCACCACAUCUGGAAACUGCUUCCCACUGUUGCAGAUCGCCUUUCGCUUGCGCUCACCUGCAAAGAGAACGCAGCCAUGUUCGAAGCCACCAAGGCCAUCAAGCUGCGAGACGGCAUCCACUACUACUUCCCCAAGCCGCUGCGUACGACCAGAGUCCACCGUCUCCAAGUCCUCACCCGUCUGCAAUCUUGGGUCCCUCGCAAUCUGCGCCUGUGCUAUCGCUGCGUCCAAUACAUCGACCUCUUGCAUCCCGACAACCGAGGCCAGUGGGGAGGAGACACCAAAAUCGUUACAGAUGGGCUGGCAACCGCGAAAGCCAUGAGAGAAGGGCCGCGCUGUGCUCUCUGCAUCAUGGCAGACAAGUUUGAGCUCGCCAAACACAAGAAGGCUUACCAGGAGGUCUUGAGAUUGACAUGGAAUCUCGACUAA